CAGUUUGGUGUUCAUAAAUGUUAGCCAGUGGAAAUGAUCUCUAAAUCUACAACAGUGGAGAACAGUUAAGUAAAUUGAGAUUGUUUAUGCCAAAAUGGGGUAUUGCACAUGCAUGGAAUGUAGUAUUGUGAAUAAAAUACUCUUAAAAAGAAAAUCACAGUGUAAGUUGUGGUUUCAACUAUAUAAAAAUGUAUACAGAAGGACUAGAGGAGUCACCUAAUGAUAAAAGUAAUUACUACCUUUUUGGAGCAGAAGAGUCAUAUUUCAUUAAAUCCUCAAAAAAACCUCAUGAGGCUAGUGUUCUCAUCCCACCGUCAGACAGCUGGAGCUCAGUCAAGUGAAGCAGUGUAUCUGAUGUUAGAGAGCUCAUGUCAUACCUAGUUUGCUCUUGGGCCUUUGGCAAUGCCAUGUCGACCGGUAGUUGAGGGCCUGUUGUGUACCUUGUGUAGGGCUGGGCCCUGGAAAGCCACUGGUGAGUAAGGGAACCUGGGUUCCUGAUUUCAUGGAGCUUAUAGAACAGUGGAAAAGCAGAUAUUUAAAUAAACACUUACAAUCUGCUGGGGGAAGUGAACAUGGGAGCUAGAUCCUGGGCUCUGGCAAGGGCAAGGAUUCGGGAAGGAAAAGAAAAAGAAGGAGCCCCUGCGUCAGUUGUGAGGGAUGAGUGAGCCCUGUGGGGAAGCCUUCAGUGGCUCUCUAAGAGUGGAGAGCAUAUAAAAACCCUGUUUUCUCCACUUUCUGGAAUGUUACUUAUGUGUUGUAAUGGGAGGUAGGGCAACUUACUUAUGUAUUUUGAAUUUAGUCAACUCUUGAAGUUUAGCUUAAACUGCAUUUGUUCAGGAUGGUAGCACAUGUUUUCAGAAGUCAUUGUUUGUAAAAAAUUGAAUUUGAGCUUUCUUCAACUCUUUAAUUUUCAGGUCUAAAGAAAGCCCCUUUUGCUGAAGGAACACAUUUGCUAGUAUAGUUUCAUAAUGCCAAGUACUUUGCCCUUCUGGAUCUUAAAAAAUUCUGCAAGGAGCGGCAUUGCCACGUUACAGGGGGGCAAACGUUUAUAUUCAAGGUGGGCCUCAAAUGGAAAUGAAGCAAGUUGGAGACUCUUUUCCCACCUACCAAACACCAGAAAAAGCAGUGUCCCGUGCAGUGGCUUCACUCUGCAGAAAGCCUUCAGACAUACAUCAACAGAGGAAGAUGACUUUCAGUUGCAGCUCAGCCCUCAGCAGGUAAAUGAAGUUCUGAGAGCCGGCGAGUCCGCCCACAAAAUUCUUGACCUUGUCAGUGGAGUCCCAAAUUCGGUGUUACGGUUUGAGAGCAACCAGCUGGCUGCCAAUUCCCCAGUGGAAGACCGUCGAGGUAUCGCUACCUGCCUGCAGACCAAUGGUCUGAUGUUCGGCAUCUUUGACGGACAUGGUGGCCAUGCGUGUGCUCAAGCAGUGAGUGAGAGGCUCUUCUACUAUGUGGCCGUGUCACUGAUGUCCCAGCAGACCCUGGAGCGGAUGGAGGGAGCUGUGGAAAGCAUGAAGCCCCUGCUGCCCAUCCUGCAUUGGCUCAAGCGCCCAGGGGACAGUAUCUACAAGGAUGUCACGUCCGUGCACCUCGAUCACCUCCGUGUCUACUGGCAGGAGCUGCUUGACCUGCACAUGGAAAUGGGACUCAACAUUAAGGAAGCAUUAACGCAUUCCUUCCAGAGACUGGAUUCUGACAUCUCGCUGGAAGUCCAGGCGCCCCUGGAAGAUGAGAUGACAAGGAACCUUUCACUCCAGGUCGCCUUCUCUGGGGCAACAGCUUGCAUGGCCCACGUGGAUGGAGUUCACUUGCAUGUGGCAAAUGCUGGUGACUGUCGGGCCAUCCUUGGGGUCCAGGAGGACAAUGGCAUGUGGUCUUGUCUACCCCUCACCUGCGACCAUAAUGCCUGGAACCCGGCCGAGCUGUCGCGGCUGAAGAGGGAGCACCCUAUAUCAGAGGACAGGACGGUCAUUGUGGACCACAGGCUGCUGGGCGUCCUCAUGCCCUGCAGGGCCUUUGGGGACGUCCAGCUGAAGUGGAGUAAAGAGCUUCAGCACAGUGUCCUGGAGAGGGGCUGUGACACCGAGGCCCUCAAUAUUUACCAGUUCACCCCCCCACACUACUAUACUCCCCCCUACCUGACUGCCAAGCCUGAGGUCACCUACCACCGGCUGAGACCCCAGGAUAAGUUCCUCGUGCUGGCCUCGGAUGGUCUGUGGGACGUGCUGGGCAACGAGGAAGUGGUGAGGCUGGUGGUGGAGCACCUGGCCGAAGCAGGUCGGCACAAGCCAGACCUGGCCCAGAGACCUGCCAACCUGGGACUCAUGCAGAGCCUGCUGCUACAGAGGAAAGCCCAGGGGCUCCACGCAGCCGACCAAAACGCGGCCACACGUCUGAUCAGACACGCCAUAGGGACCAAUGAGUACGGGGAGAUGGAGCCUGAGCGGCUGACAGCGAUGCUGACGUUGCCAGAGGACUUGGCAAGGAUGUACAGGGAUGACAUCACUGUCACGGUGGUGUAUUUUAACUCAGACUCAAUAGACACCUAUUACAGGGGGGGUUGAGAGGCUCCCGUCUGGCCAAGGUUAACUUAAAUGCUUUGCUAAGACAUUUUUCAUUUAUCCUUAAGCUGGCUCUUCAGACCUUACUGUUAAAAAGGCAGGCAGAUGUCGCUUGCUUAAAAAUAGACUGACGUGAGCGAAAAAAACCAGCCUUGGUUUAAAAACAGUAGCAUAGCAGUGAUUUCAUGUCCCCGUGUGUUUUGGUCACCUUUUCUAGGUAGAGAGGGCCAGAGCGUGGAGAGCAUAUGGGCUUGGGCCCAUAGCCAAAGCCCUUUUAUAAAGACACUGUUGUUAAACUGUCAGCCUGAGCCUUCCGAGGGUAGGUUUAAUCAUCGUUCUGAGAAUGUGAAGAACUUCAGGAUUUUCUGAGGUUAUGCUGCAAAAUCGGCACACUUGGCAGUUUUCCUCAGUUCACAGUCGUGGACAGCUAGACUAUGAAGGAAGGUUUUGUUUAGUUUUUAUUUUUAAAUUACUAAGACCUAGGUUUACAAAGCAUAUUCUAGAAUACUUUUCUAUGCAACAUUCGAACUUUUUUGUGUGACUCUACUUGUGAUGCUACACCCUCGUUGUGUUUUAGUUUGGCCUAAAACCGAGUCCUCAGAGUUGCAAACGGGCCUGCUUGUAAGCAUGCUUGGAAUGACUCGUCUUGGUUUUCAGCCGAGAGGGGUGAGGGUGGGUAGGCCUCUGCACCAGCUGAAUUCACUUGUGCAGCUGGCGAGUGCUUCUGCUGUGUCUCACCCCUUGAACCUUGAGCCAUACUAGGAGGUAACUUCUGUCUAAGCCUUAAUUCCUGGCCUUCCCUGCAUUAAUAAAAUACCCUCCGGGGCUUACCCUCUGGACAGGUUAAUUGAGAGCACUUAGCCUUUCUGAUUAUACCUCUCAAACGUUCUUCUGUGAAUUCCACCUAAUCCUCCUACCUUUGCUCUGCUGACUGCCUCGCUCUGCAGCUGCUGGCUGCGCGGUGCUGUCCCGGAGGAAGGCUCCCUCUCCAUAGGGUUGCAGGGAAGGAGAAGAUGUGAUCAUGUACUAUGAUAGUUGGGACAGGUCAGUGGGCAGGACUGGCACGUGCUAUGGAUUUUGGACUUAAGACUAGACCUGAGCCUGCACUGUGAAAACACAAAGGAUUUGAGAAGUCACAAGCGAAGGCUGCCUGUUCACCUCCUGAAAGGCGGGAGGGAAGGGGGAGGAGUGAGAUUGGUCAGACAGGACACUUGCCUGGAGACUGUGGGCUGAACGGCCUCAGCUGCUCCUUGGGGAGCAGACCAUAUUUAGUAUAGGAGUCGGGGCAAAAAUAAAAAUGUGACCCGUAAUGGCUUCUGUGGGCAGCACAGUCUUCGUGUUUAUUUCAAAUGAAGCCACGUGCCUCCUUUCUCGGGGAACGAAUUUCCUGUUCUCGUGAAUGGCGGUGGCAUUUAAACAACAGGAAGUGUAUCCCUAAACAGAAACACACAUAUAAUCCCACAAAGCUGACCAUUCUGUCUUCCCACGCUACAUUGGUUGAACCCUCUCUUCGUCUCCACCUUGUGCCAUCCACUGAAAGAAAAGAGAGUUUGACUUUUCGUGUCCCAGUGACAUUCAUUCACGUGUUGGGGGACUUCUAGCUGGGAGACAUUCCUCUGUCUGCUUUCCAGUGUAACUUUUUGGUGACAGGGGCUUCGUCUCUACUCAGUGCUUCAGCUUUGGUCAUUCUAUUCCAAAACCAUUAGUGUUCCUUUUGAUCUCCUACAUCUUAAUUGAGAAAUGAAACGUGAAUCACUGCUAUUGUGCUUGCAGGAAGGUUUUUGCUGGAGCUGAAGACUGCUUGUCUGUCAUCCUUUGUUCUUGAUGCCAGCUCAACCCUGGCCCACCUCGGGACAUUUACCGUAUUACCCCGACUGUCUGAAUCCUGUUUGGGAGCCUAGCGUGGGUCACAAAAUAUAUCUGAUGCAGUAACUCAUGGGACAGCUGAGAGGACACAGACUUCCUGCCUGCUUCUCCAAGCAUAUCUGUGUUCUCUCUCUGCCUAGUAUAUUGCCCGCUUUCUAGUCGGUAUAUUGAAGUGGAAAAAAAGGCUGAUUUGUUGUCUGCCUUUUCCACAGUGAACUCUCUCAGGCUCUCUCAGCUCUUUCCCUGAAUGCUCCAAAGAGAGCCUCCUGGUUAAGCCCCAGCCCGACCUAACUUCUGGUGUUACUGGCCUUUCUGAGAAAACAUAGGCUAUUGCUGGAGGACACUGGAAUUUGAGAGGGGGUUGGUGGUACUUGUCAGUCUUCCAAAGCAUUUAUCAUUUCUUUUAUGUGAAGCUUUCAAUUUUGAGACAUCUAAAACGAACUAAGAAAUAAGAUGGACCAUUUAAUAUUUUGGAUAUAACUUGAA